CGCACUCCGAAAGCCGAUUGAAGCCAAAGUUCGAGGUCGACGUGUCUAAGCCAUCUUUUCUUCCUUUCGCUCAGUUUCUCAGAUCUGUCCUCGGUUCAUUCUGCGUAGCCCUAUUUGUUCUUUUUCUUCAUCCAUUAGAUUCACUAAAGGAUUCGCGACAUGGUCUCACAGCUCUGGACCGCUUGCUCUGAGGGAAACCUCGAAACAGUCCUUGGUAUACUCAAUGAUGCAUCUUCGGUCGAUAUCGAGAUCAGAGAUCACUCUGGGUCCACCCCACUCAUCGAAGCGGUCAAGAACGGACAUGUUGAUGUGGUGAAGGUACUACUCGACCGAGGUGCCGAUCCUUCUUUUGCAUCUGUGCAUGGCCGGCCGGAAAUGUACACAUCUGAUGCUGCGAUCUUGGAGCUAUUCAACAUUGCCCAAAACAAGCCUGCACCUAAUGGUGUACCUGCACAAGAACAAGGCUACACCCAGGAUUCGCUCGUUAAUACUGCGAAGCCCUAUUAUCCCGUCCCCGCUGGACCUUAUGCUUAUUACCCAGGCGUACCCCCUAUGCCGACCUUGCCAGAUGGCUCUCCUGCGUAUUAUGCGCAGCCCCCCAUGCAGAUGGGUGAAAACGGAGGUUUUGGAAACCUCCCUCCCCCAGAAGUGGCUCGUUUCAUUCCUUGCAGAUACUUUCCUGCUUGUCGUUACGGUUCUUCUUGUCUCUUUGCGCAUCCUCAGGCUGGCCCGUAUUAUACUGCUCCACCACCUCCCCCUGCACAAUAUCCCGCUCCUUACGAUCCAAUGACUCAACAACCUUACGCCCCUAAUUAUUACGCUGUACCUCCACCUUCAUAUCACCCACCAAGCUCAGUCCCUCCUCACAUUAACCCCGCAUCGCCUACCGCAGGCUCCGUUCAUACUCCCUCACACCCACCGAUGAUUCACGCCAGGUCUGGUUCGGAGGCGAUGUCUCCUGUUCAGGUUCCGUUCAGCCCUUCCGCUGCACCUGCACCAGUACCAUAUGGCGCUGUAUCACCUGUAUCGCCAUCGUACCCACCACCAUCUCAUGUACCUCUUCCACUUUCUAUCCCUUCGCUUCCGCCUCCCCACCAGCCCCCUAGCGCGCCAGGUCCGCAAUCUCCGCAGACAGUAUAUCCGAAUGGGCCUAUUUCUGCACCUCCAUUCGCUGUCCGUCAAGAUCCACCAUAUCAAUCUCAUGGCCCACACCAUCAGCACCACCACGGAUUCAAUGAAGUCAACGGUGGGCCCAAACCACCCCCUCAUGCUGAGGGCUUUGGGCACGGUCCGGUUUUCCGCCAGGGCGUGAAUCACAAUCGUCGGGGUAGUAUGAGGCGCGGAUCCUUCGGCGGAAGUCGCAAACCGGCGUGCCUCUUUUAUCCUACGGGCAGGUGCAGAAAUGGCGAUGAAUGCCGUUUCCCUCACGUUCUUCCUGACGUUACGAAUACUCAUCCCCCUCACUUUAGUGGGCGAGGACCACGCCCAAGGGAUAACGCGCGGAACGGUAUCCCUACGAUCGAGGAAAAAAUGGUCAAUUUGAACGUCCGAGAUGAUGCCCAGCCUCACGUGAACGGCACCACAGCCUCUAGCCGAUCUCAAUCGACGGACGGUAGCCGCUCGAGGGGUACAAAGUCCAAUGGUCCACCUCGAGCGGACAAAAAAUUUGCCCCAAAGCAGAGGGUUCCCAAUGCAGAUGAGUUCCCUGUACUUGGUGGUUCCACGAGUUCGUCGAGAAGCUCCGUCAAUGGGUCGUACGGGCCGACGGCAGCACAAGUGCUUCAAGCACCUGCGCCUCCCCGCAAGGAACCAACAAAAGACCCAGUCACUCGUGCUGCAUCUCCAGAACAGCCUUCUGUUAAAAACCAGGCUGAACCGAAGCCUGCUGUGGUCAAUGGCGUACAACCUAAUGGCACGCCUGCUAUUGUCCCAACCGCCAAGUUGCCUCUCUCUUUUGCAGCUGCAGCGACGGGUGCCACUCCCGAAGUUGUAAAAGAGGUGUCUGUCUCCGCGUAAGACGAACCUAUCAUUACAUCUGUCAUUAUCGGGUUUUAGCUUUACUUAAAUCUGAUAUUUCUUGAUUCAUUCAUCCGACUCACUUUAUUUAUCUUGCUGACAUAUGUUUUUCCCCUUCU